AUGGAGCUCAGUUCGAAACUCAUUGAGUACGGAGCGAAAGAGAAGGCGUGUAUCGAUCGGAAACUCCUCGGCAAGUCCCUCCUUUGGCUGCAUCGCUGGCGGCUUUGGAGAACGGGCAUUUUGCGCUUCCUCAACACGGCGGUUCAAUUCCUCCCUGCCUUGAUCUUGGGGCCCUUGCUCACUGCUAUUAAGCUGGGGGACUACAGUGGUGGGCGGAUUGCAGCCUUCCAACUCUUUGGGGUGCUCUGUUUGAAGACCUUUGUAGAGAACCAAUUCUUCUACCAAACAACCAUGAUGGCCACUCGCGUCCGCUCCAUGCUGCAAGCCGCGAUCUAUGAGAAGAGCUUGCGCUUGCGUGAAUCCGCGGCCAACGUGCCCCCAGUGACCUUGAUGCAGGUGGAUAGUGGGAAAGUCGAGGAGCUCACCUAUUCUCUCCACACCUUGUGGGAUGGAAUCUUCCAAGUGGUUGGAUACUCCGUGCUGCUUUGGUGGUACCUGGGGAUUGCGGGCUUUGCGGGGAUCGUCGUCUUGUUGAUCGGCCUGCCCUUCAAUGCCAGCCUGCAACGUGACCUCAGCAGCCUGAACAAGAAGUGCCUUCAAGCAAGUGAUGCCAGGGUCUCCAAGACCUCCGAGAUCUUGGGAGGAAUCCGCGCCUUGCGGCAGAUGGGCUGGGAGGACAUCUUCGAGCGCCGCGUGCGCGCCCUGCGGGAUGAAGAGCUGGGUGCUCAGCGGCGCCGGGACACGGUGGCGGCCUAUUUGCUCUCGUACUUCAGUGCUUUGCCACCCUUCAUGAUCGCCAUCGUCUUGUUAGUCUACAUUGCUGGAAUGCCGGGCGGCUUCAGUGCGGCGAUGAUUUUCACGGCCCUGUCCUUGUUGAACCAGAUCCGUUUCCCGUUGCUCUUUUACCCCAACGCGCUCAAUGCACUGGCCGAGGGUCGCGCUGCGCUCGCGCGGAUCGCGCAGUUCCUGGCGCUGGAGGAGGCAGCGCCCAUGAGGCCACCCAUGUCCGAGGACAAGGAGCUGCCAUUGCUUUUGAAGCCAGGCCGCUACCCCAUCGGUGCCACUCCGUCCGCGCCCUCGCUGGUGCUCUCGGAGCACUUGAGCGUGGCAGAGGGAGAGCUGGUCGCGGUGAUCGGACCGGUGGGCUCGGGGAAGUCCAGUUUGCUUCGAGCCUUUCUGGGCGAGCUGCCAGGUGACUUGAUGGCGCCACCCAAACAUGUGGCCUAUUGCUCACAGCAGCCUUGGGUACCUGAAGGCCGAAGCCUCUUGGAAGUUGUGGCAGGAGUCUGGGUGGAUGGCGAUGUGACCUUUCCAACCAAAGUGGAUGAGGCAGCCUUCUCCAAGGCACUGGCCGUUGCAGCGGUGGAUUUCGCGGAUGCCGAAGAUGAGGUAAGUGGAACUUCAUUAAGUGGCGGGCAACAAGCCCGCCUUGCAUUGGCCAGGGCAAUGUACAAAGCCCUGGUGCAGGAAGACGUUUGUGCAUGCGUGCUGGAUGAUGUAACAGCUGCCCUGGACCCUCAGGUCACCCUGGAAGUCAUCAACAAUUGCUUGGAUGGUCCCCUGAAGAACUACGCCACGCUGAUCGUGUCCAGCGACCCGGGCGCUUGGCUGCAGCGCUGCCACCGCGUCAUCGAAAUGAAAGCCGUGGACAACGAGCUGCGUGUGGACUUCGUGGGGAGCUACGAGCAGCUGGCGCAGACGGGGCGCGCUCAGGAUCUGGCACCGCAGGUGGAGAAGGAAGACAUGGAUGAGGAGACCUCACAGGAACAACCUAAGAAGCGAAAAGGACUGCAGGUCACCACGGACGAGGAAAGAGCCUUGGGAGCUGUGCCCCUACAGCUCUACAAACAUUAUUUUCGAAGCGCCCGAAGCCCAAUUCUUCUGGGUUCCGCUGUGAUCGCCGUGCUGGCGAGCUACGCUGCGACCAUUGUCCAACAGUGGUUCAUAGGUCUUUGGACUGCAGACACCACCAUGCAACGUGGCCUUGCCUACUACAUGUCGGGGGUGAUCUUCUGGGGUCUCGUGGCCUCUGCUUUGACCUUUGGCCGUGCCCUGCUAAUCGCCGCCUUCUCGCGCCGGGCCUCGCGCGCGGCGCACGAUGAGCUCUGCGACAAGGUCUUGGUGAAGGCUUCCACCAGCCACUUCGACAGGAAUCCUGCGAGCCGUUUGCUGCAGAAUUUCUCCAAAGACUUGGAGCAGAUCGACACCAGUCUGCCUGGCAGCCUGCGUUCGGCCUCCUCCAGCAUCUGCACUUUGGCCGGAGCGAUGUUCACCAUCAUCCUAGCCACGCCUGCCUUUGCAGUGCUGCUUCCUCCCUUGCUAUGGAUCUACAUGAGGUCCCUCCAAUACUACCGCCCCGUGGCCCGCGAGCUCAAGCGCCUAGAGCCCCUGGCGCGCUCGCCGGUCUACGCGGAGCAGUCGGCGGCCGCCAGCGGGGUCACCACCAUCCGCCAGCUGGGCCUGGGGAACGUCAUGGCGGCCAGGGCGCUUCACGCCAUCGAUGGCAACACUGCAGUGUCGUUCGCGGCGAAAGCCGUGGAUCGAUGGUUCUCGCUGCGGAUGGAGCUCCUGGGGAACCUCAUCGUCUUAGCCUCUGCGCUCGUCUGCCUGGCCGCGAGCGGCAGCGGUGCCUGGUCCGAGGCGCGCUCGGCCAUUGCGGUGACACAGGCGCUCUCGGUGUGCGGGCUGCUGAAUUGGACGGUGCGCACGAUCGCGCAGACAGAGACCAGCUUCACCUCUUGGCAGCGGGUGGCGGAUUCUUUGGAAAGUACCGAGCUGGAAGGCCAGCGGAGCUUGCCGGAGGACGCCCAUUUGCCAGCCAAGUGGCCCGUGAGCGGAACGAUCUCCUUUGAGGGAGUCUCCUUCCGCUAUCGAGAGAACCUUCCCUUGGUCCUGCGGAAGCUGCACUUAGAGCUCACUCCUGGGCAGCGCGUGGGCGUGGUGGGCCGCACCGGCAGUGGGAAAUCAACACUGCUGAGGAUCCUACUUCGAACGGUGGAGCCCACCGAGGGCACCGUCACCAUCGACGGGGUGAACAUCCAGCAAGUGGGCCUUGCACGGCUCAGAUCCUCUGUCACGGCCAUUCCGCAGGACAACUUCCUGGUGAGUGGCUCCAUUCGUGAGAACGUGGAUCCACGCAAUGACUACAGCGACGAGGAGGUGCAGCACGCUUUGGAGGCAGCGAGCCUUCAAGGUUGGAACCUCCAUCGACACAUCAAUGCGGCCCGGGACAUCUCCCCGGGGGAGAAGCAGCUCAUCGGUGUGGCACGGGCAGUGCUGCGGAAGAGCCGAGUGGUGGCGCUGGAUGAGGUCACCAGCCGCGUGGACAAGGCCACUGAUCAGAAGGUGCAGACAGCCCUCAAGCGGCUUCCGGAGGGGACAACGUUGUUGGUGGUUUCCCAUCGAUUGGCAACACUGCAGGACUAUGACCUGGUGGUGGUCCUGGGGGAUGGGGAGGUGAUCGAAUUUGGGAAGCCAGAUGAGCUGGAAGCUGAUCCCAAUUCCAAUUUCGCCAGCAUGCUUGCGGCCGAGCGGGGUGGAGAAGUCUUCUAA